GGCGUAUGCAAAGGUCCGGUACAGGUAUAAUUGGGUUCACCUGGCCAGCUCCUUCAGAGACGAGCUGCCCAUUCGCACAAUGGAAUUCGAAGCGGAGAUUGUGGAGAUGAUAGAAAAUGUGGGCUUUCCCAAGAAGCUGUGCGAAGAUGUAGCUGGCGAUAUUGAGGAGAUCGACUCGGAUUCGGAUUCUGAUGACGAUGAGGAGGAUCCAAACGAGGGUCAGGUCCAGUAUCAGGCCCAGGACGACGACGAUGCAUACGAGGAGCCCUAUGUCUUCAAGUACUGGGCUGAAGAGGAUGAGGAGGAGCAGGAGUGAGUUUGUGCAUAGGGAUGACGAGCUCAAAUGCUGAAAAGAAUUGUCGGGUCUGUACAACGAUGGCUGUUGAGAGACGGCGGAUGUCAGACUUCGGCGGUUCAGCUUGAUGUUGCUUUUAUUGCUGCUUAGUAUAUUUAGCACGGC